AGCUGAUCAUCCGCACGGGAGAAGUUCUGUCGAUCAAUUUUGAUUUUAAGCCCCCUGAUUGUGAUAUUUGUAAAUCAAUUCAUGAUGAUGUUAUAACUUCUACAACAAGAUGGCGCUAGAGGUCUGGUACGGGUCUCUGGCCCUGUUCACCUCCAUUCUACACAACGUAUUCCUCCUCUAUCACGUCGAGGUCUUCGUCUCAAUAUACAAGAUCGACAAGACGUCAUUCUGGGUCGGCGAGACGAUAUUCCUGAUAUGGAACUCGGUAAACGAUCCGUUAUUCGGCUGGUUGAGCGACAGAAAGUUUCUAAACUCCAAGUCCGGUGAGCCAGGGGUUGUGUUUCGUCGGAUGUCUGCACUUUCUUGGAAUGGCCCGUUCUUCUGCCUCUCAUUCCUGGCAUUUUGGAUAUCGUGGACGAACCCAUCGAUACAGUUCGUGAUCUGUCUGUGCCUUUAUGAUGGAUUCCUCACCAUGGUCGACUUACAUCACUCCGCCCUACUUGCAGAUUUAGCAGUCUCGGCCAAUGCUCGGACUACUUUAAAUUCCUAUUGCUCAAUUUUUAGCGCAGUCGGGUCUCUGAGUGUUUUUAUAUCUUACGUUGCUUGGGAUCGCGGAGGCAGUAAAACGACUUUUAGAGUAUUCUGUGUGGCUUUGACGAUUAUUUCAUUGGUCGGUUUCACUGUGGGGACGAGGAUGUUGAAGAAAUACUGCAAUACGAGGAUAGAGCUGCGUGCUAAGAAACAUGAUGAGGAUAGUCAAAAGGGGCUUUUGGCCGCUAUUGUUCCAGAUGAUGUUGCUCAUUUGCCUGAGAGAGCUGUGCUCAAAACAUUUGUCAAGCAGCUACUGUCACAUCGCAACUUUGGGUGGUUUGCUGCCAUGAAUUUAGUUCAGGUAUUUCACUGUCAUUUUAAUAGCAACUUUUUCCCGUUAUUUUUGGACCAUUUAUUGGGUGAUGCCAUAUCUCAGACUGGUUGUUCCGUACUUCUAGGGAUAUCUUUCAUCGCUCCACACAUCAACAACCUGUAUUUCUUGACGCUGUGUCGUCGUAUGGGAGUUUAUGCUGUGAUACGAAUGCUAUUCUUUAUCAAACUCAUUCUCGCCAUUGUCAUGCUGCUGUUGGGACCAAGUUCAAUUUGGCUGCUGGCUAUUUUUAUCGCAAGUAAUCGUGUUUUUACUGAGGGUACCUGCAAACUGCUGAACCUGGUGAUCAGUGACUUGGUCGAUGAGGACUUCGUCAUCCAUGGUCGGAAACAGGCUGUCUCCGCUCUGAUGUUUGGCACAUCUGCCUUGGUGUCGAAACCUGGCCAGACCCUUGCCCCUCUCUUGGGUAUGUGGCUACUGUCAGUACAAACAGGUCAUGAUAUUUUCCAAUCGGGGAACGCUGACGGCUCUAUUAAACUUAACCUGAAGGAGAUGGAUACUGUUGCUGCUGAGGCGUAUCGUAUGGGAGUGUUUUCCCUCCUCAUCUACAUCCCAGUAGCUUGUGCCAUAUUCCAGCUGUUUGCCUGGUCACACUUCACACUUCACGGUCGACGCCUUCAUUGGGUGAAGUCGGUGCGUGCGGGGGCAACAUCAGAUACUGUUUGAGCUUUGCUCAGUUCUGUUUUGCUCUUCAAAGAGACUGCCUUCAUUGGGUGAAAUCAGUGUGUUGUUGAAGAACAUAAAUAAUAAAAAAUUUAUUCGCGAACAAAGAUUGAUGGAUCGUGAUUUGGAACAUUUUAAAAACUUUUCGAAGAUGAAUUGAGAUUUUCACAACUACCAAUGUGUUUGUGUGCCUUUAAGAUUAUUUUAACUGUUUGAUAUAUUCAUGUUUAACGGCUUAUAAUGUAACCUUGAAGACUGUGCCUCAUGGCAGUGGAUUAUGACUCAAGUGUGUUCUAAGUACUCACGGUGAGUGUUUUGGUGCCUCUUUGUCAAUUUGUGAUGGCUGAUAAAUACUUAUUUUUGUGUGGUCCAUAUCAGGGUAUGUCUUGUCCUGGGUGUGCUAUUUUGUUGAGAGAGAGAACUAUUUUGCUAAAGUAUAGGCCUAUAUAUUGUACCUUACGGUUUGUAACCACUGAUAUUUUAAAGUUAGGUAUGCUACAUGACUACAGGUGGUCAUGAUGAGGUUCCCUAUUUCAAUCAGAAAAUGACAAAUCAUUAAGUGGAGUUAUAUUUUGUGAUUGUUGAUGUCUUGUAGUUUGCUGGUUUCCUACUUUGUUUCAGUGCUGGCGUAGUGUCAGUAGGUGUCAUCACUAUAUACUCUUUGUGAAAAAUGGGCUAUUGGCGAUAUGAAUAAGCUGUGAAUCAACAACAAGUAAAUUAUUCUUAUGUUUAUGUUUAGAUGGUGCCAAAUUAUUCCAGCCCGGUGAUAGAAAUACUUAAUUGUUGUUUGUUGAAAAUGGGUCAAUUGCAAUAAAGUAU